GCCUGAUCUGUUAUUGCUUGGUUGUUGGUUUUUGUAAUAUUCAUUAUUGUUUAUAUGUACACAGUUUAGUAUUUUUGAUUUCACGUGCAUUUUGUUACGGCUCAACCCAAUUGGUAACACUAUUUGCUGGGAGCACUAUACUUAGUCUUUAUUCACCAUGGCUAAAGCCACCGCCAUGCUCUCUGGGCCUUAAAGAGCCUUCUACGACCAGUGACAGCCCCGUGGAGAUCAUAGCCAGGCUGUUCCAGGCUUAGGCAGCCUGCACAGUAUGAGCAACUGCAACUCUUGUUGGGUAGGUCUUAGACUGAUGAGGUAGAAUAAGAAGUGAAAGACUUCAAAUGAAAGCAAGGUAGUUUAGAGUCCUUAAUUUCAGUUCUGAAUGUCCCAUGAGUAUAUCAAGAUGAAUAAGGACCAAGGAAGCUCCAUGACUCAUGGAAAGGAUGGCUGAUUCCUGGAACUGGAACUGCAGGGCCUGGCCUGCUGCAGUCCCUGCUGGUGCACCAACAGCUGGAGGAUGUUACUGGCCAACACCCUCCCAAGAACAAGCGUCCAAAGGAACCAGGAGAGAAUAGAAUCAAACCUACCAGCAAAAAGGUGAAACCCAAAAUCCCUAAAAUAAAGGACAGGGACUCGGCAGAUUCAACACCAAAGAUGCAGUCUAUCAUGAUGCAAGUGAUGGAUAAAGGUCGCUUCCAGAAACCUGCUGCUACCCUGAGCCUGAUGGCAGGGCAAACUGUAGAACUUCGAUGUAAAGGGAAUAAAAUUGGAUGGAGCUAUCCUGCAUAUCUUGAUACCUUUAAGGACUCCCGCCUCAGUGUCAAGCAGCACGAGCGCUAUGGCCAGUUGACUCUGGUCAAUUCCACCUCCGCUGACACGGGUGAAUUCAGCUGCUGGGCGCAGCUCUGCAACGGCUACAUCUGCAGAAGGGACGAGGCCAAAACAGGUUCCACCUACAUCUUGUUUACAGAGAAAGGAGAACUUUUUGUGCCUUCUCCCAGCUACUUUGAUGUUGUAUACUUGAACCCAGACCGACAGGCUGUGGUUCCUUGUCGCGUGACUGUGCUGUCAGCCAAGGUCACACUCCACAGGGAGUUCCCAGCCAAGGAAAUUCCAGCCAAUGGAACGGACAUUAUUUAUGACAUGAAGCGAGGCUUCGUGUAUCUGCAACCUCAUUCUGAGCACCAGGGGGUGGUCUACUGCCGGGCAGAGGCCGGGGGCAAGUCUCAGAUCUCUGUCAAGUACCACCUGCUCUACGUGGAGGUUCCCAGCGGCCCUCCAUCCACAACCAUCUUGGCCUCCUCGAACAAAGUGAAGGGUGGUGAUGACGUCAGUGUGCUCUGCACUGUCCUAGGGGAGCCUGACGUGGAGGUGGAAUUCAGGUGGAUCUUCCCAGGGCAGAAGGAUGAAAGGCCCGUGACAAUUCAAGACACUUGGAGACUGAUCCACAGAGGACUGGGACACACCACAAGGAUUUCCCAGAGUGUCAUCACAGUAGAAGACUUUGAGACCAUCGAUGCAGGAUAUUACAUUUGCACGGCCCAGAAUCUUCAAGGACAGACUACAGUAGCUACCACUGUGGAGUUUUCCUGACUUGGAAGGGGAAUAAUAAUGAACUUAUGGAAGACC